AUGUUCGGCUUCAACAUCUUCGGCAGCUCUGCCUCGACGGAUGCACCUCAACCCACCGGCGCAGUCAACAUAAUGCCCACAAACACCACAACGCUCGCGACGCUGAACAACGCCGCAUCGGAUUUAAAACCGCAGGGAGAGACCGCUGGCAAGGUUAAGCCCUGCUGCGUCUGCAAAGACGAGAAAUCUGCCCGCGACGAAUGCAUGCUCUUCUCCACGGCCUCCGAUCCUCAAGAGGCAUGUAAAGAUAUGGUCAGCAAGUACAGGAGUUGUAUGCAGAGUUAUGGGUUCAACAUUGCGUGA